AUGGAGCAGGUGUUCGCAUCCACUGCUGUCGAGGCGGACGUUGCCGCCAAGCUGCUGGAACGUUUCCAGCAAGCAGAAACCCUCCUGCGUACAGGAGGCUCUGCCGCAGCUGCCGAGGUGACGGAGGCAGCCACCGCCUCUGGUUGGAUCCGCGUAGGAUCGGGUGACCCCAACCUUGAGAUCAACCCGUUUGCAGCCGUGCUGCUUGGCUUCGAGCCGCCUUUGUUGUCCGGCACCAUGGCACCCUUGCCAGUGGUGAAGGAGAAGGACGCGGCGAAAGAGGCCGACAACAGGGCUCGUAGCCGCAAAAAGAGGCAGAACAAGCAGAGCUCUUUGGAGGGGUCCGUGACCUUCACGCCAGAGUUUUUUGAGGAGGC